GUCCCGAGCGCUGUAUUCCAGUUCGAACGGUGGUUCAGUGCGCACGUCGUGGUCUCUCCGUCACACACAUCAGUUUUUUCUUUGCGGUUUGAGUUUCGACCUCACACACAUCCCCUCUCUACAAUGGCAGCCUGGGUUGGCAAGAAGUACAAGAUGGACAAGUCCGAGGGAUUCGACGACUACAUGAAGGCUCUGGGUGUCGGCAUGGUGCUGCGCAAGCUGGGCAACAGCAUCAACCCGACGGUCGAGCUGGUCAAGGAGGGCGAUGAGUACACGUUCAACACGAUGUCCACCUUCAAGAACACCACGAUCAAGUUCAAGCUGGGCGAGGAAUUCGACGAGGAAACCGUCGACGGGCGCAAGGUCAAGUCCGUGUGCACCUUCGAGGGCGACAACAAGCUGGUGCACGAGCAGAAGGGCGACAAACCGACCACCAUCAUCCGGGAGUUUACCGCGAGCGACCUGACCGCCACCAUGACCGCUGGAAGUGCCAAGUGCGUCCGACACUACGUCGCUUGCUAAACAAACAAACCUAAACUGGAACGGGGAUCAUCGAUCAUCACACCCAUCUCCCCCCCUUCUUCGAUGCAGCACACUUUGUCCGCAGAGCCUUCCCUAGUCAUCAUUCCACGAGGACCAAAUUCCGCCGGCAACGGAACAACGGGAACUUCAACAUCACAGCAUGUCGCAGAACACAAACUAGCGAACUUUAUUCCAUACUCUUACGACAUCUUAUUUUGUUUUGGACUGUUUUGUUAAAUCCUUCAAAAUAUUUUUUUUCUUCGCUACAAAUUGCAUUGUUGAGACACAAAAAAGAAACACGAAAUAUCUGUUUUUGGGAUAUUACAAUCUUGCAUUUAAAGCUACAGAAAGCACAACUUCUGUAAACAUUGAGCGAAAACUGAACCAAGUAAAGUUGAAUUUGAUGUGUAACCUCUAAA